AUGAGAGCAAUUAAGCAUAAUUACACUUCAAUCAUUCACAUGUUACUACAAGCUAACGCUAAUCCUCACCUACAAAAAUCAAAUGGAUCAAACGCAUUGGUAACAGCUAGUUAUCAUGGAUACUGUGAUAUUGUUCAGCUGUUGAUUAGUGAAGGAGUUGAUCCUAAUAUUCAACGAAAAGAUGGUCGAAAUGCUUUUAUGCUGGCUUGUCUAAGAGGUCACACUCAAAUUGUGGAACUGUUACUGAAAGAACAAGUUGAUCCUAAUGUUCAAGACAAAGAUGGAAUCAAUGCUUUUAUGCUGGAACAAGUUGAUCCUAAUAUUCAAAGAAACAGUGGGGGGAAUGCUCUUAUGUUGGUUUGUGAAACAAAUCACAUUCAAAUAGUCAAACUGUUGCUAAAGAAACAAGUUGACCCUAAUGUUCAAAAGAAAGACGGAGUGAACGCUCUUAUGUUGGCUUGUCAAAAUGGUCACACUGAAAUAGUUAAACUGCUGCUGGAGAAACAAGCUGAUUCUAGUGUACAAAUGGAAGAUGGUCGAAAUGCUUUUAUGCUAGCUUGUCUAAAAGGUCACACUCAAAUAGCUGAACUGUUGUUGAAUAAACAAGUUGAUUCUAGUGUUCAAGACAAAGGAGGUUUUACUGCUUUAAUGAUCGCCAGUGCUAAUGGACAUUAUGAAGUAGUUAAAUUAUUGUUAGAAUGGAAAGCUGAUCCAACUAUACAAUCCAUUGAAGGCAAAACUGCAAUAUCUGAAGCCAAAACUAAUGAAAUAUUUGUAUUGAUUAGUAGUUACCUAAAAGAAAACAAAACAGAACAUCAAGAUACUGCUAGUAUUGCUUCUGGAUCCAGUGGAUAUCAUACAUUAAUUAAGCAAAGAACAAAA